AUGCUCUCGAGGGAGAUGCUAGUUCUGGACGUCUCUAAAAUCGGAGUCCAUGCCGCCAAGAUGCAGCAGCUGUUAAAUCCGAAGCGCGUUCCCAUACACUUGGCGUAUGUGGCCGUCGCGUCGUUCAUAUUAAUGCCCGUUCCUGCAGCGACUAUCGGAUCCGUCUCCGCGUUUUCCGGAGGCGGGGACGACGGCGCCGAUGCCGGGGCCAAUAAAGACGCAGCUGACGACGAUAGCAACCGACCGUUUAUUUACGUGUACGACACGCAAUUGGCGUGGACGGAGCAGAUGAAGGAACGCAAAAAGGAGUGGUUUUCCGACCAAUACGAAGUGGAAUCCGUGCUGACGGAGCUGCUUAUGCGCAGCGUGGUACGAGAUUCUUGCCAUGAUAAGCCGCUACUUCCCCUACUUCAGAGUCACAUUUACAAUCAUCUCUCCCCUCUUGCCCUCUUCCUCUCUUCAUCUCUUCCCCUCUUUUCCUCUUUCCUCUUCACUCCUUCCCCCCGUCGCUUCCAGGCGUGGCACGAGAUUCUCACCAUGAUACGCCGCGACUUUCCCUACUUCAACCGCACCAACGGCCGAGAUCAUUUCAGCACGAGCACGUUCGAUCAGGGCCGUUGCCACGCGUUGCCAUGGGUCAACCCAGACCUGUACGGCGAGAUGUUCUUCGUGAUGCUCAACGGGGACCGCCUCGCGCGCACCAUCCACUCGUCCAAGGAGAGGAACUUGCAGGUAGGGCGAGGAACAUGCAGUGAAAUCAACUUCUUGAUCCACUUCUCUCCUCUCCCCCCCUUCUCUCCUCUCCCCCCCUUCUCUCCUCUCCCCUCCUUCUCUCCUCUCCCCCCCUUCUCUCCUCUCCCCUCCUUCUCUCCUCUCCCCCUCUUCUCUCCUCUCCCCUCCUUCUCUCCUCUCCCCCCCUUCUCUCCUCUCCCCUCCUUCUCUCCUCUCCCCCCCUUCUCUCCUCUCCCUCCCUUCUCGCCUCUCCCCCCCUUCUCGCCUCUCCCCCUCUUCCCCCAAAUGCGCAGAUCAUAG